GCCGCGCGCGUGGCCGCCUAGGCGCGCGCGGCGGAGGGAGGGAGCCGGGAGGCCGCGGAGCAGCCACCGCCGCCAUAUUAGGGACCGCGGAACUCGGGAUCCCGUCAGCGGUGGCCGCGGCCGCGCUUGGGGGAGCUGCAGGGACCGGAGGCGGGCGCGGCGCAGUGCCGGGAGAGGCGGGGCCGGCGCAAGCCAGCGGGCGACGGGAGCGAACCAGCUUGGAAGAAUAUAAAAGCUAUAAGGACCAGUUUUUCAAGCUAAGCCAGACCUUGAAGGAGUCAGAGCUUCUGGAACCAGAGGGCUCUGUGCCUGGGGGAGGUUCCGUGACUGGCUGACCCCGUGGCGGUACCCUGCCUCAUUAUGGACCAGGACUACGAGCGGCGCCUGCUGCGCCAGAUCAUCAUCCAGAAUGAGAACACAAUGCCCUGUGUUACAGAGAUGCGGCGAACCCUAACACCUGCCAACUCCCCAGUGUCAUCUCCCAGCAAGCACGGAGACCGCUUCAUCCCUUCGAGAGCUGGGGCCAACUGGAGUGUGAACUUCCACAGGAUCAAUGAGAACGAGAAAUCACCCAGCCAAAACCGGAAAGCCAAGGAUGCCACCUCGGACAAUGGCAAAGAUGGCCUGGCCUACUCUGCCCUGCUCAAGAACGAGCUUCUGGGAGCCGGCAUCGAAAAGGUUCAGGACCCACAGACCGAGGACCGUAGGUUGCAACCUUCCACGCCUGAGAAGAAGGGCCUCUUCACGUAUUCCCUCAGCACCAAGCGUUCGAGCCCUGAUGAUGGUAACGACGUGUCACCAUAUUCCCUGUCCCCCGUCAGCAACAAGAGUCAGAAGUUGCUCCGGUCUCCUCGGAAACCCACCCGCAAGAUCUCCAAGAUCCCCUUCAAGGUCCUGGAUGCACCUGAGCUACAGGACGACUUCUACCUGAACCUGGUGGACUGGUCAUCCCUCAAUGUGCUCAGCGUAGGGCUGGGGACCUGUGUGUACCUGUGGAGCGCAUGCACCAGCCAGGUAACCCGGCUCUGCGACCUAUCUGUGGAAGGGGACUCAGUAACCUCCGUGGGCUGGUCUGAGCGGGGGAACCUGGUGGCAGUCGGCACCCACAAGGGCUUUGUACAGAUCUGGGAUGCAGCCGCUGGGAAGAAACUGUCCAUGUUGGAAGGCCACACAGCACGUGUGGGGGCACUGGCCUGGAAUGCUGACCAGCUCUCCUCUGGGAGCCGCGACCGCAUGAUCCUGCAGAGGGAUAUCCGCACCCCACCCCUGCAGUCAGAACGGCGGCUACAGGGCCACCGGCAGGAGGUGUGUGGCCUUAAGUGGUCCACGGACCACCAGCUGCUCGCCUCAGGGGGCAACGACAACAAGCUGCUGGUCUGGAACCACUCAAGCCUCAGUCCCGUGCAGCAGUACACAGAGCACCUGGCAGCCGUGAAGGCCAUCGCCUGGUCUCCACACCAGCAUGGCCUUCUGGCGUCCGGUGGCGGCACUGCAGAUCGCUGCAUCCGCUUCUGGAACACACUCACGGGGCAGCCGCUGCAGUGCAUCGACACGGGCUCCCAGGUGUGCAACCUCGCCUGGUCCAAGCAUGCCAACGAGCUGGUGAGCACACACGGGUAUUCACAGAACCAGAUCCUCGUCUGGAAGUACCCAUCCCUGACCCAGGUGGCCAAGCUGACUGGGCACUCCUACCGUGUCCUGUACCUGGCAAUGUCCCCUGAUGGGGAGGCCAUAGUCACUGGUGCUGGAGACGAGACCUUGAGGUUCUGGAAUGUCUUUAGUAAAACUCGUUCGACAAAGGUAAAGUGGGAGUCUGUGUCUGUCCUCAACCUCUUCACCAGGAUCCGGUAAACCCGCUGGGCGGGACCACACCGUACCAGUCAUCCAGGGUCAGAAGACCCCCAGAUGUCCUAAGCUUGCAUGGACCCUGUCCCUGACCCCCAGCACACAACCCCAGAGGAAAGUGGCCGGGUGGGCGGGGAGCUGGGCCCAAAGAACCCUGAACAGUCUCAUUAAACACCUGGUUGUGAACCACAUCCACCAGUAUUUGGGUUGGGCCCAUGGUCCGGGGCUCCGUCUCCUUCUCAAAGGCCAAGAACCACCACAGGUGGCCCCAUGGCCCCAGUUGGACUGUUUACGCCCAGAACGGGAUGGACACCCCUGGGACCCUCGCCUGCAUCCAUCUGUGACUCUCAUCUCCUGGUCGGAGCUGCAUGCUCUUCCUGGAAGCCCGUGCUUGCUGCUGCCAUCUUAACCCACAUCCACCUUGAACAGACAGCCGGAUACCAGGGCUUGGCAAGGCAGUGCUAAGGGGGAACUUGAGACCCCCAGCUGCCUCUUUAUAGACAUGGGCCUCUGUGUCAACCACAUGGCCUGUAGGUCACUCAAGGGGCCAUCCCCACCUGGUUUGAAAGUGUCUUUGCUGCCAUCUGUGGUGGAAGUGUUCUGCAUGGAGCCCGUGCCUGUGGGCAGCAGGCCCCAGGUUGGGCCUGAGCAUCCUGGCUGGGCUGUUACCCUCAACGCUGCAGAGAACCUCUCCAGAGGGAUUCGUCACCUAAGGAAAGCUGAAGGGAUCUGCUCUUGCUGCACUGGUUAGGGAGUGAGCCCUUGUUGUGUUAACCAGUGGGUCCAGUGUCCUCCUUCCCCAAGCAGAACUCGAGUCUUCCUGUGCUGUGGGGUGGCUGAGAUCCCAUGAAGGCUGCACAGUUCAAGUGACCAAGGGGCAGCAUCAUGUGUCCUGCAGGUGCCUCACCAUCCUCAGCCUGGCUUGGGUGGUUCUGUCCAUCUGCACCUAACCACUGUGGUGGGGAUGGGAGGCCCUUGGUCCUUCCAGAAGCUUCUUGUGCUUCUCCUGACAUCUGAUCCUCAGAUACUGCCUCAUGUUCUUAUGUCCCUGACAGCGGGCAGGGGUGAGGCCGGAGUGUGGUGGCCUGAGUAGUUCCUUCUCAUGCCACUUUCCCCUCCCCUGUUAAUGACGACAUAUAGAGAGGGUGGAGCAGGCUGGGCGGGUGGGCCGUGCAGAGACCCAGCUGUCCCCUCUACCCAAGGUGUGUGCAUGUGUAUAUAUGUAUUUGUGACUUUGCUUUGGA